GUCAUUACAAGUCAACAGAUUGCGUGCUUACGUCAAUUUCCAUAUCCUGGCGUACAUUGGUUGACAGUAACAAAAAAAAAAAAAAAAAAGGAAACGUGAACUGCUGCAAGAAGCUUGAGCAGAACCCGUCUGUUGGUGUUGGAUUUUAUAAGAAACACGAUUUAAUUUAACCAAAUGAGUACUGUAUUUUAUGACAGGCUUUAUUUUAACUACUAAACAUGGUAGUUAACCUUGAGUCAUCUCGGGAACUGACUCAUCUUAUUAAAGUCUGCUACGGAGAAGAAUGCCUCUGCUGGUUCGCUAGCUAGCUUUCGUUAGCUUUCAGGAUGGACAACUGAACGCUAACUGAACAGGCGAAAUAUCAACCUACAAUGACUUAAUCUGGAGACAACAGUCUCUCGAAAACGUGUCGAGAAGGGAGAGGUUUUUUUUGUGUGCCUUUAGUUACCGUCAAGCCGUGUCAAUACUGUUUACAUGAUGAAAAACUGCGAGUACCAGCAGAUCGACCCGAGGGCGCUGUCGGUGUCGCCUCUGUCCGCACAGAGCCACGCCGAGAAGACGGUGCAGCGUUGCCGGAGGAAAUGGGAAGUAUUCCCGGGGAAAAACAGGUUUUUCUGCGAUGGACGGAUCAUCCUGGCCAGUCAGAGCGGUGUCCUUCCUCUGACACUAGGCCUUAUUGUUGUCACGUGUGGCCUUUUCUUUGCAUUCGAUUGCCCAUUCCUGGUAAAACAUCUGACCGUCUUUAUACCUGUGAUUGGUGGGACCCUUUUUGUGUUUGUGGUCUUCUCUCUGCUGAGAACCAGCUUUACAGACCCAGGCAUCUUACCUAGGGCUACCCCAGAUGAAGCAGCAGACAUAGAGAAGCAGAUAGAUACCUCAGGAUCCUCUACGUAUCGCCCCCCUCCUCGAACCAAGGAGAUCCUCAUCAACCAGCAGGUGGUAAAGCUCAAAUACUGCUUCACGUGUAAAAUGUUCCGCCCUCCUCGGACCUCCCACUGCAGCCUGUGUGACAACUGUGUGGAACGGUUUGAUCACCACUGUCCGUGGGUGGGAAACUGCGUGGGCAAACGUAAUUACCGCUUUUUCUACAGCUUCAUCAUCUCUCUGUCUUUUCUGACAUCUUUCAUAUUUGGCUGUGUCAUAACGCACAUUACCCUGCGUUCUCAAGAAGGCAAAAGCCUCGUGCAGUCCAUUCAAGAGAGCCCUGCCAGUGUGGUGGAGUUGGUGAUUUGUUUCUUCUCCAUCUGGUCUAUAUUGGGCCUGUCAGGCUUCCAUACCUACCUAAUAGCCUCAAACCUCACAACAAAUGAAGAUAUUAAAGGCUCCUGGUCAAGUAAAAGGUGUGCAGAGGAGUCUGGGAACCCGUACAGUUACAACAGUAUUAUAACCAACUGCUGUGCGACGUUAUGUGGCCCCAUGCCCCCCAGUCUGAUUGACAGAAGAGGUUUCCUGCCUCUCGAUGAGGCCACCCCUGCUGUUUCGGCCUCGGAUAUAGAGCUGCCUCCCUUCACGGCCAAGAGUGACGCACACAUGUGCACUCAGAGCACCAAGGGUGUGCUGGAGAGGAUGGUCCACUCCUACGAUGUUCAUGGGCUGUGCCCCCCAGGAAUCCCAAAGACCACCCCUCUGGACCUGGAGGUUUCAGCUUCCUCAGAGCUUUCGCUCUCUGCUGGAUGCUUGCCCCAGGAUGCUUGCCAGCCUGUGGCCGCUCCUUGCCCCCCGUUCAGCCGAAGCAACAAGAGGAGAGACUCGCUGCACUCCAUCAACCCAGCGUUCCGCCUGGCCUACCCCUCUCCGUCGCUGAGUCGCACCACCUUGAUUUUGGGAGAUGCCCCUGACAAUGGCUUUAUCCCCCUGCCCUGAGUACUCCCAAAAACCAAAUGAGAAGAAAAGGAAUCAGAGUUUCUGGCUACAAAGAAACAUUUUACAGUGGUGGUCAUUCGGUGUGUCGCCGUUAGCUGAAGAAGUCUUUCUUAUGAGUUAAUUAAAGGGACAGCUCACCCCAAAAUCAAAAAUACAUAUUUUUACUCUGAAAUGUAGUGCUAUGUAUCAAUCAAGAUAGUAUUGGUGUGAGCAGCAAAGAGUUGAAAUAGUGCUGUAGACAUAUCUGCCUUCUCUGAAGUCACUCUGCUUGAGCUCCAAAAAAUUACAUUUAAAAAACACAACAGCAAUAUCUAUUUCUGGAUUUCAUGACCCAGUUCCUCAUAAUAAUGACUACUACUCAUGAGGCUAGUGAUUGUGACAGCUUGGGAUGCAACUCACACAAACUAUGUAGAUUGAUCAAAAGCACUACAGGUACAUGUACAUUUAUUUUUGGGUGAACUGUUAAUUUAAUCACGUUAGGUUUGAGGUGAGGUUUAUCCGUGUCCUACUACACUAUGUGUCCUUGAGGAUGAAGUUAAAUCUUAGAAAUACUUGGAAGCACAACGUAGAGUUAUUUUUUUAACAGCUUUUUAUCAAGCAAUCCACAUUAGCCUCCACAACUUCCACAUAACUUCAGUCCAUACAUCAGCACUGCAGUGUUUUAGUUCCUGGUAAUAUAUUAUGCAAACAGGUCUUUACAUCUGAGAAUACAGUCACAAUGAGUACAGUGUGAGUACUUAAAGUUUGAGUGAGGAUCUACAGAAUCAGAAAUGUUGAUUUUCUAAACUGGCUUUCACUGAGAAUUUAGCCAUUUCGGUAUCAUCAAUUCAAAAAUUGGCCUUAUUUCAUGUCACAUCAUUUCCUGUCAUGCAAAGCUACAUCGUCCAAGGGGAUUUAUAUUGACAUUAAGGAUGAAUCAGAGAUUGAAGGGGGCAGUUUUUUCUUUAUUUUAUCAUUUGAACUUCAGGGUCUUUGCUGUGUUUGGUAAUCAGUUCUGCAUAUCUUGUAUAUCAGGGGCUAUAAAACUAAGUGUUUAGUACAUUUCAUUUUUUGUGGGGUGAAUCCCUUUAGGAGACUAUUAUUGAAAGAGGACUUUUGAAACUGAGUGCAUUUGUUCAGAUGCUUUUCAUUUAGGAAUGGAUACACGAUUGAAAUAGUUGCUUAUAUUUUUUAUUGCCACUUUGUUGUUUGAUCUGGUUUUUUGGAUGUUAAAACAAGUAUUUCAUUUAAAUCUAAAUCAAAUUUGCUACUACCCCCCUAGGGAUUGCAGUAUAUCUCCACACUCUGUUUCCUGUUAAAGUGAUUCAAUGGGAUUCAUUCAGUGCCAGUGAGCAUCUGUUUUUGGUUUGCCUCGGGGCACAGACUAACGUUGCCUGUCAUGCUGUUUGGUGGUAACAGCACAGGCUCAACGUAUGGAGCGUAUAUAAGCUACGGAGUGAUUCAGGAAUGUUGAUGAGGUCUAUUUACUUGUAUGUGUUGUUCUUUUACAUAUGACGUCUGGGAUGGUGGAGUGUAACAGUAAACAGCAGGAGUUAGUUUGUGCCACUAGAGGGCAGCAUGUGAGUACAGUUGCAGCCCAGUCAGAGGACACUUUAGUAAAUGAAAACCAUUAGAGGAAAGGGAGGCCUUUGGAUGUUUUAUUUCUUUUUUUUGUAAUCGAGUGUUGAAGCUGUAGAUAGGUUGUGACUUUGUAAAGGAAACACGUCGCCAUAGUGAGUGGGUCGUUCUGCAUCGAGACACAGGUUGUGUAGACAUUAACAAGCAGUGCUUGUAUGGACACCGUGUUUGUUUUUUGUAGGAUGUAACAGUGGAACUGUAACAUUUGGUCAAUAAAAAUCAUCACAUUUGUUGA